AGGUGGCUAAUAUAACCAAUAACCAAUAAAUUUACCGGUAAAAAAAAUUAACACUUCUAUUCGAUAAAUAAAAUUACCCAAAACGGUUAAAAAUACCGUUUACCAAACACACUGCGUGUAGUGGCAUAGGCAAUUAUUGGAAAUUAUAUUUAUGCAAGUUUCAACUUUAUUUCAACACGUAAGAUUCAUUUUCGCCUUGCAGAUGUCUUCAACUUAUCAUGUAAAAAAUAUUGAAUUUUAUGAUUUCAUUGUAUGCUCUAUACCCCUCAAAAUAAAGCACAAUAUUUAAGUUGGUGUAUUUUACAGUUAAUGAUAAUUUUUUUCGUUAAAAAAUUGAAAUGAAACGAUAUUUUUACCGAACGCGAAGAUGACGUGAUUGGUUGAUUUUUUAAACGUAAUAUUUUGUUUGGUACUUGACAUUUUGGUGGCUCAGUGCAUCUUUUCUAUUAUUUUGGUAAAGUUGUGUUUUUGUAUUUUAAGAGAUUUGUACUUUGUGUUUGUGUGUUUUGACUUUGUUUUUGUGUGUUUGAGACUUUGCUUACUUUGUUGUUGUGGAUUUUUAAAUUGUAUAUCUAAUUUAAAAUGCCGAAACGCAAUGCAGAAAUAUGGGAUCAUUUCGAAAAGUGCUAGUACCAUUCAAGUUUAACAUUAGCAAAAUUAAUUUUUCAACGAAAAGAUUUACCGGUAUUUUCAACCAAUAAAAAUAUCGGUAAUUUUUUUUAUCAAUUACCAGUUAACAGAUAAAUAAAUUCAACCGUUAACGCCAUCUCUAGUCCAGUCAGUUUACGCACGGAUAACGAGCGCGCUAGUCGUUCAAAUGAGACGAAUUUAAAUAAAAAGCAUAGUGUACGAUUCAGUGAUGCGGAACGUGCUUUGUGAAAUAAAUUUGGAGGUCUUAAGACGAGGUUGAAGAUUUUAUAACAAAGAAAAUGAUUGCCAAAGAAACUAGUGAUCACGAAAACUCUUCUAAAUCCAAUUUACAGAACGGUAAUGAAAUUAAUGCAGAUGGAGAUUCAACGCAUAUAGAUCACGAUGAACAUAAAGAUGAAAAAAAAGUUGACACGUCCCAUUACACAAAGAAAGAACCAAUAGAAUCGCCAGUCGAAAGAGUAAAGUUCGUGGGCAUUGAUGAUGAUGAUGACGACGAAGACAGUUUUUAUUCCGAGGAGUCAUUCCAGAAAAAACUGCCUCCUAUACCUGAUGGGGGCUGGGGAUGGGUGGUCGUUGCCUCUGCCUUCCUCGUAUCCGCCUGUGUUGAUGGUCUCGCUUUCUCGUUCGGACUCCUGCACGAAGAGUUCACAAGAUAUUUCGAAACGACACAAUCUCAAACAUCAUUAAUAGGAAGUCUAUUUAUAGCUACUCCACUGUUAGCCGGGCCAAUAGCUAGCGCUAUAGUAGACAGAUUCGGGUGCAGAGUGAUGACUAUUAUUGCCGGAUUACUAUCGACGAUAGGAUUUUUGUUAGCAGCGAUUAGUAAUUCAGUGUUGGUGUUAUCUUUAACAUUUGGUCUUCUCAGUGGCCUGGCCAUGAGCAUUCUCUACGUUACAUCAGUAGUGGCUGUAGCGUUUUGGUUUGACAAAAGAAGGAACCUCGCUGUUUCACUGGCUUUGUGUGGAAUGGGUUUCGGGACGGUGAUUUAUUCGCCGCUUACUCAUUAUUUUCUCCAAGUUUACGAUUGGAGGAACACCGUAGUGCUACUUGCCGGUACAUUAUUGAAUAUGUGCGUUUGUGGGGCGCUGAUGAGAAACCCUGAGUGGUUGGAAAUUAAACAGAGAAGAGAGCGCAGGGUUGCUAAGGCGCGGUCGAAAAAGUCGUCAAGUGUCGCUUCAUUGUCGUCGAGGUCUUUCGGAGAGGAUUCGGAGUAUCUGGGAGCGGAAGAACUGAAAUCUCUGUUGCAGAGCGGCCAAAGUCCCGAAUACAUAUUGGCGACGUUAGCGACAAGUAUAGUCGAAGCUGAAAAAUUGGAAGCCACGACUAUGAUGAACGCUGAACAAACAUUCAAGAGAAAUUAUUCAGCGAUACAUUUGCCUACAUUCAUAUUGCAGAACGAAAUGGUCCCAUCAGAAGUAAUUGAAAAAUUAAUGGAAAACAAGAACCUAUACAACAUUGUCUUACAAAAUUACCCAGAUUCUAUAACACGAAGGAAAUCCGAGCUCAAUGUUAAUGUAGAAACUCCAUCUACGAACAUUGUUACAGAACCAGCGAAACAACACGUUGAGAUAAAAGUUAAAAAACCUAAACAUACACAAACAGAAAACGAGAAGCUUGAAGAAAAGAAAACUGUAGAAAGAAAGAAAAGUGUCGAAGUUAAAACAAAAAUUCAGGGAACAGAUGACAAUGCCAAAAAUAAAACUAAUAAAGAUGCGAAGUUACACGCGCAGCCUAGUUGGCUAUGGCAAAUCUCGACCGAUCAUCAGUACCUGCGAGACAUGCCUUUGUAUAGAAAAAAAAUUAUGCACCGCGGAGCCAUGCUGAGUAUUCCUAGAUACAGACUGAGAGCGUCCUCUUUACCGGACAUGUACAGGAACUCCAUGUGGUCUUUUGAAUCUGACUCGGAUGAUGAAAUGGAAUGGUACCACCGAUUUUGGCAAUCGACCAAAAACAUGUUCGACUUCAGAAUGCUGAUGGAGCUACAUUUCUUCUUGUUAAAUUUGUCGUCAAUGAUACUGUCCGUGUGGUUCAUCGUGCCGUACUUCUUCCUCAACUCUUACAUGAAAGAUUAUAACGUCGAAGGCGGCGCUACUAUGAUCAGUAUCAUUGGAGUCGCCAGCAGCAUUGGAAUCUCUUUGGGGUCACCUUCGCCAGCACGUAUUCGUACACUCCAGCCAUUCUAAUGGAGCUGCUGCCGGUCGAGAACUUUACUGUGGGGUACGGCCUCAUCCUGCUCAACGAAGGGAUCGGUCACCUUAUAGGACCACCGAUCGGAGGUAAAUCUGUUUUUGCUUGUGUAAACUAUUACAUUGAUAAUGAUAAAAUUUCUCCUUCUGAAUUUCGAUAGAAAGGAUAAGAAAAUUGGCAUAGUCGAAUCAUUCGAUACAAAUGCGUAUGUAAUUGCUAUAUCACGUCUAUACGAAUCCAUCGAAUCCACUAACUAGCAUUAGAUACCUUCAGCUUUAGCACUGGGUGUAGCUCUGGUCACCGUCCUCGCCGAACCUGUCGCUCGCGACGAAAGGCUCGACGAGUAAAUUAACCCAUAGACACAGCCCACUGAGUUUAUCGCUGGAUCUUUUCAGUGGGUCGCGUUUCCAAUCCGGUGGUAGAUUCUGCGAAGCACUGCCCUUAUGCAAUGUUAGCAACACUCCGGUUUGAGCCCCGUCACCUACACGUCGUUCACCUACACGUCAAGGAGAAGCUGAAAUAGCAUAGGUAUAUGCUGAUAGCCUGAGAGGAAAAAAAACAAAAGGAACUGUGUGCAGGCUAAGAGGGAGCCCGGUAACCGUACUACCGACGUGCAUCCUGACACAUACAUCAGCUCGCUGAUUUUCUCUCCGGAUCUUCUCAAUGAGGCGCGAUUCCGAUCCAGUAGUAGAUUCAUUCGUGAAGCAGCUCCUCCAUGAGUUGUUACGUAUUUUUUGGAGGCGCUCGGGCAGCUGUUGUCAAAUUCCACCCCUCCUGGCUGAGCUUGUACUCGCCCACCUGUUCUGGUGAAACUGGAAAGGCGUCAGGGCCACAGUAAUCCUUGCUUCAUAAAAAAAUAUAUAUAUUUAUGUAAUAUGUAACUAUUUUCUUCGGUAAACAUAUUUGACGACUUGAUCUUACUAUGUAUAUGUUAAGCCUAUGUUAAGAAAACCUAAUAUAAUAAUGAAAUUAACGCUUGUUUAUGUCUGUACGUCGUUUAUAAUGAAGGCAGGCAGAUCAGGGAACGAAAAGUCUGCACGUGUGCACGUGGACCCACUUCGAUAAUACCGCGGACAUGAACAUUGGUCAAUGGUAAAACAUUGUUAUUGUAGGGCUCCUCUACGACUUGACCGGAACCUGGGAUCUGACGUUCUACAUGGGCGGUCUGUGGAUAGUCAUCUCGGGGCUGUGCGUGGGGCUCGUGGACUUCACCAGAAACCGGCAGAUGUGCGGAAGCGCUCCGCUACUGAAGGAGGCUGCCGCUUCGGACGGAGACGACAGCUCCGAAGAGUGACGAGGAAAUCCCGAGCCUAAUCUUGCUUCAUUAAAAAAAACGAUACGAAUUGAUUUUAGGUCGUUUUCAGUAACUUAAUUAGCGAAUAACUUAAUAUAGUGAAAUUAAAUUGUAAUAAUUCAUAGA